AUGCCAGCUUAUGGAAAGUACUACCACCAACCUGACUGUGACGCUCCCGAGAAUAGUCUUCAUGUCCUUGGUGGGAGGAAGCUAUUUCUCUUCAAGGAAUCUACCCGAACUGGAACACCCGAUCGAGAUGGCUAUGUCAUUUCGGAAGAGUGUCGUUUAUUGGAAUCCCAUGAAUAUCGGGAGGUCUUACUUAAGUUCAAGGCCUGUGUGGACCUCCAGAAGCUGGACCUAGGCAGAGGAAUUCUCGAUGCCCGAGUGGAUGGGUUUUGGGUGAGCCCACAGGCCAUAUACUACGGGCUUUCUUCCACCGUUACAAGCCACAAGCGCCUGGAGUGUUUCAAGGUUCCUAAUUCACAGAUAUUCAUCGUUCACGAAGAAGACCCGGAACAGCAAGUUCUGGCUGAAGCGCUAUUCGCGAAAGAUAAGCAUUGCGAUCAAUAUGGGAUCAUCGGUAAAUAUGAGUCUCUAAGCGGGAUUACAGGAAAUUGGGUCACGAUUGAAAAAUUUGAGCUUCCUCAAUUUCAUGAUUUUGUUUCCCAUAUUAAUGUCAAGCUCGCGAGCCUUGGAUCUCUCGAAGUUGUAUUUCAGAUAGCGGACAUCAAGCCUUGGAUUAAGAGACUUGAACAUUGGAAGACUAGAGUUGAUAUCCAGGACUCUCCUUUCGGACAGCUACCGCGAGCCCAAUGGCUCCAAGUCAGUUUUAACCCUGGUGGUAAACGCAAACCUGCUACCAGAUGGAUUCAACACCACCAUUCUGAUGCGAUAGCGGCAUUCGAAAGCCACGCGAAGAAACAGAUCCCGCCCUUUGAAGUAAGGGUAAAGGUUCAUCCAACCUUAUUGGAAGACGUACAGUUGGGAUAUCAAGACAAGCUGGCAUACGACGGCCAGUUCGUCGCCGUGGUACAAUACUUAAUCAAUCAUAAGACUCUUGCGCGUAUGGCAACAGCAUAUUUGCCACCAACUAAAAACCCUUACGCCGAAGUAACUGCAUAUACCCGGGUCGAGCGCAAUGCUAUCCUAUCCGAGAACAUGCAAGUGAAUUCUAGUUCUGGGAAGCACAGCUUCGUGCCCUUCCGGGAGUCGUUGAAAAGCUUGGCAGGGUCGCUUCAUCCAGUGAGCAGGUUGUAUAUGGAUUUGGAAAUGAGAUCGUUCCGAACGAAGCUGAGCAAGUCUCAGUUGCUAUCUCUUGGUUGGACGCUUUGGCGUGAGCUGCUUCCGUCGCCAUUCACGGAACGAGAGAUCGAAGAGGAAAUUGUGUCCGAUCUUAAGCUUCGGCUUAUUGGUUGUGCUGAACGCAAAGCUGGUCACAGUGGAGGUAUACUUGCCGACGACGUCGGGUAUGGUAAAACUAUUAUUAUGUUGGCACUCAUGCACUGCCUACGGGAGUGGGACGAAAAGUAUUUACCGCUACGUACCGACAAGAACCCGUGCCGUAUACAUCUAAAUGCCAGUCUUGUGUUGGUACCUUCACAUCUAGUCGAUCAAUGGGCCGACGAAGCAAAGAAAUUUCUCCCUAUCGAGCCUGCAGAAAUAGUCAAAAUCAAGAAUCUCGGAGACCUAAGGGAUAAUUCAUCUUGGCGUAUCCUUAAGAAGCUUCAACGGGCGAGGCUUAUUAUUGUGAAUGUUCAAUGCAUUGCAAGCAUUGGAUAUUACCAAAACCUUGCUAAGUUGGCAGGAUCUCUUGAUCCACCCUGUCAUGGGGAGAAUUUCAGAAAGGGUGCCAGCACUGUUCCAUUCCAGUCUCGCGCCUUUGAAGAUUGGUAUAAGGAUGCUACGUCUGUAGUUGGGGACUAUGUCGGAAAGCUAUUGAGAAUGGGCAUAGCAGACUACUUCGAUGUUCAAGAACUCGUGGCCUUGUAUAGUGAAAUUGAGGACCGCCGAAAUGCGCAUAGAGAAGUGUAUAAAGAAUUCUCAAAGAACUAUGAAAAUUCGGUUAUAAACUCGGCUACACCAGUGCAGCCAGAAGCAUCUCAAAGAUUCAACUCACCUUGGCAGAUGAUUCCGCAACUACGCUCCGAGCGUGCAGGUAAAAAGUUUUCGUUUAUACCAAAAACUUUCAAUCAUGUGUUGGAAGCUUUUACCUUCUCUCGAGUAAUAUACGACGAAUUCUCCUACGAAGGACUCACAUCGACCCUGUUCGUAGCCAACUUGGAAGCUACUUCGAAGUGGGUUCUAUCGGCAACGCCUCCUACGAGAGACUUAGCAGCUGUAUGCUAUACCGCGAAGCACUUUAAUGUACACGUUGCACGCCCAAUUCACCGCCGGCAGGGGAUGCCUCGGAUCACUUAUGGGCCGGAGUUGGAGGAUAGAAGUAGUGCGGAAGAUCUACAGAUUCUAAAGUUCUCAUCGGACCAGGCCAUUCGUGAGAGACAUGAACAGGGAAUGAAGUUCCUGGAGAAAUUUGCGACUUCUAAUCCCCUCGACCGAGAUCUUGCUGGUGGAAUUGAGGUGGAAGAAAAAGUUGUGGUAUGCGAGAUGAAUCCUCACGAAUUCGUCCACUAUCACGACCUAGAGCAAGAUCUACGUGCUCAUAACUUUGACGCGAAUAUGCUGCCAAAGGAAUCUCGUGUCUUCUUGGAGCCAUUAGUUAGUAACGAAUGGGGUGCGGACGGGAAGCAAGUCGGCACCAGGGCAUUAAUUCACCGCUCUUCUCAGGGAAACUGGCAGAGGGAAGGAUAUUCUAUGUCAUCUCUUAUAGAACAGCGACGUUCUGUGUGCCUCAAUGCCCUCCAAGUUUUCAAGAUCACAGCCGAGAAAGCCAUCUGGCUCUCCAAGCGUAUCUGGGACAAUGAGGAAGAGAAGAAGUUCGUUAAUGGUAGAAAUGCCACCACUGAUAUCUAUAUGCUUCUUAGAGAUAUCUGGAAGAAAAAUCUCGUCGACUGUGGCGGACUUGAUGCCUGGCGUGAGUUAUCACGCGAAGUCGUCACCAAGGAGGGAAUGCAAUAUGAAGAAAUGGUGAGAGUUGUCGAAACCAGCCACCCUAACUUCUGCAUGAACGAAGAGACAUUUUUUGAUGCUCUCAAUACAUUGACCGCAAACACCUGGGUUGACUAUUACAACUUGGAAUCCAAAAAUCUCAAAGCCAUAGGUGAACAGGAAGCUACUACUCUACUACAGGACCUAAGUCGCGUCAAUGAUGGCGAAGGUAAAGAUCUGAUAAGGGGCAAUAUGAAAACCUCUCUAAGCAUACUUAUCAAAAAAGGUCUAGAACAAUAUAGGAGACCUAAGGAGACUAUAAAGUCCCUGGAGACGAAGAUCACACAUGAACAAGUGGAGGAAGCCGACAAGAAGAACAAGUCAUGCCUUGAAAGCCUAUGCCGUUCCACCGGUCUCUCUUUCGGAACCAGUGCUAAGAAGGGUGACCUCAAGAAACUCUUGAUAUCUCAUGUGAAUGGAGAGCUUGAAGAAUCCAGUUAUGUUGGAUACCUCAAAUGUGAGGCGAUGAAUACUUAUAGGUAUCCCCUACUCGGUGAAACGACCAAGAUUCGAGGUGGGAAGUAUACGCUCACUGGAAACGAUGUAAGCAAUACGUCGGUUGAAUUGCGCCAGACUUUUGAGAAAGUCAUUUAUGCCAUCAAACAAGAGCGAAUUACCAAGAAUCUUAUGUCAGACAAGAGAGAAACGAACUGCGAUCUUUGCGGACAAAUGGUACCCAGAGAAGAUCUACACAUCGUUUGUCAAUGUGGCCACCUACUUUGCAAAAAGCAUCUCAACUCGGUUUACUGUGGCGGAGAUGAUAGUGAGCGUUGCUCAUCUUUGCUGAAAGACGCAACUAUGUCAUUGAAGAUGAUCAACAACCCUCAACGGUGUCUCGACCUCGAUUUUGGCACGCAGAUGGAUGCCCCGUGCCCUAAAAUCAGCUCCAAGUUCCAGAUGUUGGCCAACGUAGCCAAGGCAAUUCCUGAUGAUGAGUUUGGUCUUGUAUUCUUCCAAUACAACAGCCAGCUCGAAGAACUCAAGUAUACCCUGAGAAAAAAUGGAAUUGGAUUUUACCAUAUCACUGAUACCGAGCUCAAGAGUCUCAGUAAAGUUAACGACAAAAUGAGACCUCUUGACAAAUUGAACAGUUUGGGUCAAUCCAGCCUUCGCGAUCGAUGCGACGAGCGUGGCCUUCAAUGGUCGGAGAAAGAAAGUGUCGCAGAAUUAAGAAGAAAGAUCAGAGGCUGGAUGGGGCGGUUUGGAAAUGGUGUAAAGCAUCCUAAGCUUCGACUCUUGCAGAUCAACGACGUUACGUCCGCAGGCUCGAACUUUCAAUAUGCCAAUCAUGUCAUGUUCAUAAACCCGUUUGUAGUAGAUCUACAGGAGACCUACGAUUCCUGUAUGAAACAAGCGGUUGGAAGAUGCGUUCGUUACGGACAGAAGAAGAAGGUGAAGGUUUACCACUUCGUCACUGCCAAUACCAUAGAGGUCGACAUCUUGGAGUUACGAACAAAGAGCCAUGUUCUUGUUCGUCCCGGAAAAGCCAUUGGUAGACUCCAACCCGCCCCGAUCGGCGAGGAUACCCUCAUGCCAGACGCGCCCGGAAUUUCUCAGCCUGGCAAUGAUGAUUCUGAAGAGAGGAUCAGAUCAAACCUGACCACCCAAGAUAUUUGGAAAGCCAUGAAUGAGCAGAACUGGCUGACCACUGUGGGCAUUGAGUACUGA